CACUGUUAGCUGCAGCUUUCUGCUUCAUCUAGAAAGCUGGACGUAUUCACAGUGUAUGUACCACAGGCAGCGGGGGAGGGGUGAAAGGCUGCUCUCUGCACUUGUGCUUUUGUUAGCUCUACAGAAGAGGCAGAGAAACAAGAGAUAACAAAGGCUCCGUUUCCUUUCUGUGAGGGAAGGCUUUUGUCUUUCCUCCUGCAAAGAUGUCAGUGUCUGGCAAGAAAGAGUUUGAUGUGAAACAAAUCCUACGGCUACGUUGGAGGUGGUUUAGUCAUCCUUCUCAAGGUUCGCCCAACAGUGGAAGCUGCCUUCAGCAGGAAGGAUAUGAGCAUAGAGGGACCCCGGUUCAGGGCAGGUUGAAGAACCACUCUCGGGACAGAAAUGGACUGAAGAAAAGCAACAGUCCUGUCCACCACAACAUACUAGCACCAGUGCCAGGACCAGCCCCUGCCCAUCAAAGAGCCCUUCAGAAUUGGCACCAACAAAACUUGAUAGAACAUCUUCGAGCAAAUGAAGAUAUUCCUAAAGCAGUUCCAGAGAAAAAUUUGUUCAAAGAAGCUUGUGAGAAACACUCACAAAAUUUGGAGAUGAUGGUUGAUGGCAAUACAGAAGAUUCUACAGUGAGAUUAGCUACCCAACAUCCUGAGGAAAUGAAUGUCAACAGGUCUGAGGAGCAUUUCUAUGCUGUAAACCAUGCACAGGAAAUGCUACAUAAAAUGGAGAACUACCUGAAAGAAAAACAACUGUGUGAUGUGCUACUAAUUGCUGGACACCUUCGAAUCCCAGCCCAUCGCUUGGUUCUCAGUGCAGUGUCUGAUUAUUUUGCUGCAAUGUUUACAAAUGAUGUGCUUGAAGCCAAACAAGAAGAAGUCAAGAUGGAAGGGGUUGAUCCUAACGCACUUAAUUCCUUAGUGCAGUAUGCUUACACAGGCAUCCUGCAAUUGAAAGAAGAUACUAUUGAAAAUUUGCUGGCUGCAGCUUGUCUCUUACAGCUGACUCAGGUCAUUGAAGUUUGCUCCAAUUUUCUCAUAAAGCAGCUCCAUCCUUCAAACUGCCUAGGGAUUCGAUCAUUUGGAGAUGCUCAGGGCUGUACCGAGCUCCUGAAUGUGGCACAUAAAUACACAAUGGAACACUUCAUAGAGGUAAUAAAGAACCAGGAAUUCCUCCUGCUUCCAGCUAAUGAAAUUUCAAAACUUCUGUGUAGUGAUGAUAUCAAUGUGCCUGAUGAAGAAACCAUUUUCCAUGCUCUUAUGCAGUGGGUGGGGCACGACGUGUCUGCUAGGCAGCGAGACCUAGCAAUGCUGCUUUCUUACAUCAGACUGCCAUUGCUUCCACCACAGCUAUGGUAUUUAAAUAGCAUGUUAGUAGAACAAAAAGAGACCACAGACACAGACCAAUGGAAUAGAAUUGGGAGCCCCGAAAUAAACCCUCAUAUCCAUGGACAGUUUGUCUAUGAGCCAAGAAUAUACAACGGAGAAAGUGUAGCCACACUUGAAGGACCAAUGUAUGCUGUUGGUGGUCAUGAUGGAUGGAGUUAUCUGAAUACUGUAGAAAGAUGGGAUCCUGAGGGACGCCAGUGGAAUUAUGUGGCCAGUAUGUCAACUCCUAGAAGCACAGUCGGUGUUGUUGCAUUAAACAACAAACUAUAUGCUAUUGGUGGACGUGAUGGAAGUUCCUGCCUCAAAUCGAUGGAAUUCUUUGACCCACACACUAAUAAGUGGAGUCUGUGUGCUCCAAUGUCCAAAAGGCGUGGAGGUGUGGGAGUUGCAACAUACAAUGGAUUCUUAUAUGUUGUUGGUGGUCAUGAUGCUCCUGCCUCUAAUCAUUGCUCCAGGCUUUCUGAUUGUGUGGAACGGUAUGAUCCAAAAACUGAUUCAUGGUCAACUGUGGCACCUCUGAAUGUUCCUCGUGAUGCUGUUGCAGUGUGUACCCUCGGAGACAAGCUGUAUGUGGUUGGAGGAUAUGACGGGCAUAAUUACUUGAACACUGUUGAGUCAUAUGAUGCACAGAAAAAUGAAUGGAAAGAGGAAGUUCCUGUUAACAUUGGACGAGCUGGUGCAUGUGUUGUGAUGGUAAAAUUACCUUAAACUAUGUUUAUCUAAUGGAAGAAAACUGGAUAAUUUCAUGAAAUAGAGUAAGAAGAUGAGAGGAAGGAAAAAAAAUCUUCAAUUAGUAAUCAGCUGAAAAUGUUUGUGUUGUUUUACUAUAUUCUCAUUUAUUAAGCCAAAAAAAAUGUCAGACAUGAACUACAUGUAGGUGUUAAACGUAUGUAUUGCUGCAGCUUAUGAUAUAAAUGGGAAUCCAGUAGUCUAGGUUUAGCCUUGUUAUCAUAAAAUGUUUAAAUAUUUGAGGGAAAUUGAUAAUGACUAAUGUGUGAAAAGUUAUAAAGGCACUGGUAAUUUUUAAGAUUAGAAUUUGAGGUUAAAACAGUUUUCAUUUCAAAAAAAGAAAUCUCUUAAAUAUAGCUGGUAUGAAAGAACAAUUAAAAUUUGAAAUAUAAAGUCUGAUUUUCUCUAAGACAUCAUCAUUCUCUUAUUCGAACAGUAUCUCAAACAGCUAAAUAUGUCUCACAUUUAUCAGGAGGACAGCUUUUAUUGUAUUGAGCCUAAAAACAAAUUGCUAUUUGACAUAAUGUUAUGCUGAUCACAGUAUGUUACAUUUUUCACAGAUUUAUUGUUUCACAGCACCUUCUUCCAUAGUACAAAUACAUUUUUGGUAUUCCUUAACAGGUUGUCUUAUAUUUGUUACCAGUAAAAUAUUAUUGUAAUUUCAUAUACAUAAUCUAUACAAUAAAAUAGUAUUUAUCAUAUUGAUACAAACUGUGACCUCAGCCUUAGAGUGUCAGGGCCUCACUUGUAUAGAAAUUGAUAUUCCCCUCAAGCAUUUCUGUGAAUUCUGUAACAACCUAACAUGAAAUGAAAGUUUUAAAAAACAGUUUUUAAAGCGCAGUGAAAUUGCAAAAAUGUUCUACAAUAUUAACACACAGAAACACUAAAAUUUUCCAUAACCAUUGUUAAUUAUAUAGUUAUAUUUUAUGUAUCAAUAGUUGUUUUUAUUUUAAUAUUAUUCUC